ACAGCUCGCUCGGCUUUCCUGCGCCAGCAGCGGUGUGUCACCGAGGCUGGGCUGCUGCCGGAGAGACCCGGAGUCAGGGCAAACACCCAACCAGUUCACCCAAACUGGCACCGCAGCGGGGCUGAGGGGCUGCCCCGGCGAGUUGUAAACCUGAAUACCGCUUAGGUUGGAUCCUACGCCUCCGUCUGUCACCACCGCCCGUCCUCCUGAUGUCGGAUUUCAAGCUCGGGAUCGUACGGCUCGGCCGUGUGGCCGGGAAGACAAAAUACACACUGAUUGAUGAGCAGGACAUACCACUUGUGGAAAACUAUGCGUUUGAGGCGCGCAUGGAGGUAGAUGCGGAUGGCAAUGGAGCUAAGAUCUUUGCCUACGCUUUCGACAUCGGCAAAGGCCGCUGGGCAGGGAGGCCUUUGCAUGAGCUGCUCUGGGAGAAGCACAGAGGAGGCAUCGCUCCCAGUUUUCAAGUCAUCCACAUCAACUCUGUGACGGUGGACAACCGACUAGACAACCUGCGACUGGUGCCAGUGGGCUGGAGCCCCAAGCCGGAGGAGAUUUCCAGCAAACAGAGAGAGCAGUCUUUGUAUUGGCUGGCUAUCCAGCAGGUACCAGCCGACCCUGUGGAGGAGCAGUAUCUGGAGCUGAGCCGCACACGCUACUACAACGCUAACGGGGAGCUGGUGGAGGAAGAGGAGUGCUCCUGCACCUACUAUGAGUGUCAUUAUCCUCCUUGUUCACUCAUUGAGAGGAGGCUCCGGGAGUUCAACAUCUGCGGUCGCUGCCAGGUGGCGCGUUACUGUGGCUCCCAGUGCCAGCAGAGGGACUGGCCCGCCCACAAGAAGCAGUGUCGCGAGCGCAAGCGGGUGCUGGCCCUGGAGUCGGAGCCCGAACGAUGAUCUGCCCUCAUCCUCGCCCGGCAGAGGAGGAGGGAGAACGGGGGGGGAUAGGGUUAGACUUGUGGGUGGGGACACUGGGGCUGAAGUGCAAAAUGGGGGAAAUCGCUGACAAGAGACUAACGACAGAGGACAAUGUUGGUUGCUUGAUGGUUUGGAUUCAGGGGGUAAGAAGAUGGAGGAGGGGAAGGGGAAUAAAGCAAAAAGACAUCUGCCACUUCCCAGAACUGGUAAUUCUCCAUAGCUUGCUUGCUGGAUGGCGGGGAAAGGUAUUAUUUUUGUUUUUCAUUAUUUUUCUCGAGGAGGGAGACCCUCGAGCUCUACCUGCUGCUAUGGUUUUGUAUGUGAGGGGGAAAAAAGUUGUCUUGUUGAUGAACUGGACAAGCUUCUUUGGACCACAAAAUGAACAGUUGUCUUCAUCCACUUUUGUUCCUCCACCCAGCCGCUGGGUUUGGUGACGUCUGUGCAAACGGGGGACCCAGGGGCCGCAGUACCCGUCGUUCAGCCGGCACAAAUGGGACAUGGACCUUUUCACUGUAUUGCUCCCUCUCUGACCUCUCUGGUGCACACGGCUGCUGUCUUCAUGGUCAUCGACACCUUAGCCGCCUCCCUGUCUGCCGUACUCCCCACGCAGCCAACCACCACACACAUCAGAUAGAUUUCACUGAUUGAAUCACACUACCAGUAUUGAGAGUGUGGGGUUGUGUAUGAGUGCGUAUGCUUGUGUAUGUAUGUGUAUGUGCUGCCAAUAUGUACUGAAGGACAUUGAAAUGGUCGACAUGGGUUACGAGCCUGGUUAAUAUAUGUCUUUUCUCUUCUUAAAGGGGCCAUAUUACACAGUUUUAAAUUUCAUAUUUAAUCAAAAAUUGGUGGGUUAAAAUAUUUUCACUGUUCUAUAAUAAAGUAGCUGCCAAAAAAAGGCUUUAAUUUUUUCUAGAAUUUUCUUUCUUGACCCGUGUUAUUUUAUUUUUCUAUAAUUUUUGUUGUUUAAGACAAGGUACAAAGUUUUAAUUACCUGAAGUAACUGGAUUUUUUUUUUUUUUUGCCCUCAAAAUUCUCCAGUUACUAUCUAAAAAACUGUUCUUGGCGUUGGUACUUUGACAGGCCUUUUUCUCAUGAUCCCACAGAAAUAAAGCUUGUGACGUCGGUCAUGAUGUAAGAAACUGCUUUCUUGUGAUCACAAAAUAUUUAUUUAAUGUUCACAAGACACAAAGUAUCAGUCAAACCUUUCCGAUGAUCACAAGGAAACAGUGUAAGAAAUGGUUUCUACCAAAGUCUACUAUGACCUGUAGUUCGGCACACCGGUUUAAAUCCCUCCAGUCAGUCUUAGUUUGCUGGUUUUUAACAGUCACCUGUCUUCUCAACUGUAUUUUUUGCACCUGCAGGGUUAUGGUAUGUGUGCGUCGGGGUCGGGGAGGGGGUUAGCGCUCAGUUUCUUGUGUGAGAGUUUGCUCUAAGGGUUAUUUUUUUGAAGAAAUUCUAUCAAUGGAGCUAUAUUUAUUUAAAACAUUUGAUUGUGAAACAUGUUUUUUUGUCCUGGUGAUAUUUGAAGGCAAACGUUAUUAAAAAAAAAAAAAAAAAGUGGACAAUAUGGGACCUUUUUAUGUCACAUCUUUUUGGGCAGGGAGGGGGACUGAACAUUUCAACCCCAUUACUUUAUUAUUAUUUUCUUUCCUGAUCCUGAGUGAGUCCUCCUCAGUGUUGCCCUUCCAGAUUUUCCAUGAAAACACUGCACACCAUCAUUGUCACUAAAAAAAAAAUCUUCCACGUGAGACGUCUUGGAGUGUAAAACUUGAAUCCCCCCCCUUUACACACCCUUUUGGCAAAUUUUGUUCUGGAGAGUGGUUUUAUGAACUGAACCAUUUCCUGGCUUUGUUUUCUGAGACACAGCAGUCCAAGUGCUCUGUGUCACCUUUAUCCUCAAUCGCCUGCCUUCCUUGUAUUACCUACAAUGCACACCUGCUUAAUGUGUCCUCUUGUGUCUUAGGUGAGGAGUCCAGACACUUGGUAAAGCAUGUCACUUACAGAUGUACAUGCGACUCGUUGAUUGUUCAUUUUGUAUGUGUGUGUGCGAACAGGUUUUCAACACUGCACUAAAAAAAUUUGGCUCCCAUGUUAGCGUAUUUGUCAUAGAUGGGUUAAAGGGAGGGGUGUGAUUUGGAUUUGGAGUGUACAGAUUGUGUCUGAAAUCCUUUUUGUUUUGUAAGAAUAUAAACAUUAAUCACCUAGGAAUAAAGAGCUACAAUAUGUGAAUGGAAGUACAGUCGGGGGGGGGAUAACUGACCGUUGCUUUUCCAAUGUAAAAUGAUAAUAAAUAAAAUGAACCUCAUUUGUUGGAGUUGG